GCGCAGCGACUGUGGACCAUGGUGGUGCAUCUUUGACCUUUUCCAAGAUGGGGAAGCGUGCUGCUUCGUCCUCAAAGGUGAACCGCAAGCAGAAGCAGAGGGAAGAAAAAGCUGAGGUCAAGGAAGAAGAUGAUGAGAUCGAGGAGGUUUCAAUGCAAGUGGUCCUAGCCAAGCAGGUUCCCGUCAAAGACGAGGGAAGGACAAAGCGGACCAAGGCAAAGAAACGAAGUGGACCCAAGGUACCGCACCUUCGAAAGCCAAAGUUGCCGCAAUUCGCCUUCGAAUGGUUCCGGCAGAAGACCAAAGUUGUUGAUGGGGAGGAGAGACCGGAGAAACCCCUGCCACAGCUGGUGAUGGAGUGGAAGAAUCUCACCGAAGAGGAGCGCGGACACUACAUCACCCUGGCUGAGGAAGAUCGUUUACGCUUCGAACAAGAGUACGAGGAGUGGCGGCAGAAAAAGGCGGCGCAGGGCAAGGCAGAGCCGGCCCUGCAGGACCUGUUGGAAAAGCGCCGCGCCACCUUGCAACGCUACCUAGCGCGAGCCGAAGGCCUUGAAGCCCCUCGGAAACCACGGGCGAAACGGGGUCAAGGUGCAGGAAGUCGAAAGAGGAACGUUCGACCACCUGAGGGUUUUCCAAAGAGGCCGGUGAAAUCGGCCUACGGUCUUUUCUGUUUGGAACAGCGUGCUGGAAUCACUGCUGAGGCGGAGACUCCCGAGGCCAAAGAGCAGCCAAAAGAGGGGGAAGGUGCUGCUGAUCCAGCAGAAGAUGCCAAGGUAGACCGUCCUGGGGUCUCCAAGUUGUUGGCCUUGCGCAAAGCAUGGUCCAAACUCUCAGACGAGGAGAAGAUGGACUAUGUGGUGCGCGCAGCAGAGGAUCAAGAGCGCUUCCGGAAAGAACUGGAGGUGUGGCGCCAGGAUCCAGCCAAUGAGGAGAUGGCGAAUCUCGACUUCGUCUUGGAGGAAAGCAAAGUAUCAAAGCCCAGUAGAAAGUUUCCCCGGCCGCGGGUAAAGAGGUCUGAACUCAUCGCCCGGCCGACGCGUCCGGAAAGUGGCAAUACAGAGAUCAUGUACGACAUCCUAACUGGCACCCAAAUCCUAGCUGCCCAGGGCGAGAAGAGCUGAAGAGUUGGAAGCUGGUGCUUUCUCUGAGAGCUUGGACCGACCGGAUUCCCGCGCGGUCCAAGACUUCGAGGCAUACUUCGAUGGAGCGUUUCAGAAAACGAGGGGAAGAUCACCAGAAAAAA